AUGUCCUUCGCUCGCGCCGCGUCGAAGGUCAGCCGAGUGGGCGUACGAGUCCCGGCCUACCGAGCAACCCCCGUUGCGUGGAACACCCAGCGUGCUUUCUCGCAGUCGGCUAUCCGCAAGAGCGAUGCGCAUGCCGAGGAGACCUUUGAAGAGUUCACGGCCAGGUACGAGAAGGAAUUCGAGAAGGUGAACGAUGUUUUCGAGCUUCAGCGAAACCUGAACAACUGCUUCGCCUACGAUCUCGUUCCUUCAACCACCGUCAUCACCGCCGCUCUCCGCGCUGCCAGGCGUGUCAACGACUUCCCCUCCGCUGUCCGUGUUUUCGAGGGUAUCAAAUUCAAGGUCGAGAACAAGGGUCAAUAUGCAGAGUACCUCCAGGAGCUUGAGCCCAUACGUGAGGAGCUCGGGAUCCCUCUCAAAGAGGCCAUGUACCCCGAUGAGAAGUAG